AUGGAGGAUGCUUCGCCAUUCGUCGAGUUUUCGCAGCGAGAAGAUCUGACUGUCCGUUUGCGAAACAUCUUACAUGACUACGCCUUUGGCCCCGGUGUCUUCCGCGAGCUGUUGCAAAAUGCAGAUGACGCCGGCGCUCGGCGUUUCGCGCUCUAUGCGGAUGCAACGGUGCACCCAAAAGAAUCGGGCCUCCUGGAUGCACGGCUGGCGCAGUGGCAGGGCCCAGCGGUCGUAGCUGUCAACGAUGCGCAGUUUACGGACUCCGACUUUGAAGGCAUCCGGCAGGUGGGUGCAUCAGUGAAGCGGUCCGACCACUCGAAGAUCGGGCGGUAUGGGCUGGGAUUCAACUCCACCUACCAUCUGACCGAUGUGGUGUCAUUUGUGUCACGGGAUCGCCUUUGCAUUUUCGAUCCUCAUCGUGCCCAUUUGCCUUCGGAUCUGCCAGGCCUGCAAGUACAGUUGACCACAGAGCUGAGAAAGAAGUACUGGGCUCAACUUGCUCCCUUUGCGGACGUCGCCCAAGUUGCCCACGCUUCAGAUGCUGUGGACUCCGUAGAGGCCGUAGAGGCCGUAGAGCCUGGCACAAUGUUUCGGCUGCCGCUCAGAACGCCAGAGUUGGCAUCCAGGUCCCUCAUUUCAAAUCAAGCCCGCAACUUUGGGGAUGUCUUGGCCGUGUUGAAAGAGUUGGCAGCAAGUGCAGAUGAGCUGCUGCUUUUUCUCCAAAGUGUCGAGAUGAUUGAGAUCCACGUCCGCCACGCUGGCAAGGCUUGGUGUUGCUUGGGCCGCUCCUGGAUUCGGACGGCGUCGGCGGCCGCCACGGAGCGCAUGAGGAAGGAAAGGCUCAUGCUCCACAACAUGGCGAAGGAUCUCAAGAAGGCUCGAAGGCAAGGCUUGCUGCUCGAGGUCACAGCCUCCGUGGACUCCGUGGAGCGAUCCAAGCCGUGGCUGGUGGCCAUGCGCAGCGAGCCUGUGGAAAGCAAGGAGGUCACAGCCGGCCUGGCUGAGGAUGAGCUACCGACACAUCGUGUUGCAGCUGUGGCGGUACCUCUUUCUUCCGAAAAACUUGACAGUGAAUCUGGCUUGGAAGGACAGGCAUACUGCUUCCUUCCGCUUUCGCUUGCCACGGGUCUGCCGGUCCAUAUCUCUGCGAAUUUCGCUUUGACGGCCAAUCGCCGCGAUCUGUGGAGACGCAGUGAUGACCGAGUGGCCAGCGAGAGCCACUGCCGGGCUCUCUGGAACGAGAACCUUUUGGACUCCACGUGUCCCAGAGUUUAUGCAGACGCGCUGGAAUUGUUAGCUGCCGGUGCACUCAGCAGGCAUGAGGAGAAGAAAGGGCUCCCGUUCCCGUACAUGAGCAUAAUCUCAGAUGCCUUGUGCCAAGAGAUUCAAGAGCUGCCCAAGUUCAAGAAGGGUUUGUGGAGUCUUUGGCCUGAAAAGGCCAGUGGGCACUUUGUGUCUUUGCCAAGGCGGGUCAGUGAGGAGCUUGUUAUCCGUGAGGCGGCCGUGUUUCUGGAUGACCAGCAAAGCUUCCAGACUGCAAAGUGUUCUUUGCUUUGCCAGGAACCAGAGUUCAGUCGGCUCAAAGAUGAGAUGCGCACGGCACUGCGAAGGCUGUGCCUGAUGGGAAAACGGCGGACCAUCGUUCAGGUUCCAGCUGCCUUGGGAGAGAUCCUUACAGAGGUCAAGGGAACUACGUGGCUUCAGCCGCAGUCCCUUGCCAACAUGCUGAAAGGUUAUGAUACCAAGCAUUCGACCAUGGAGGAGGCAGAUGCGCUGGUGGAGUAUCUCCUGUCUCCAAACGGCUCCGGGCCGCUGGCGCUGCUGCACGAGCUCAGGCUUUGCCCACUCCUGUCAGGCCGCAAAGGCACCUUUCUGCAUCGCGUGGAGGGGGAGGAGUAUUUCUGGUCAGAAGACCCACAAAUGCAGGAUCUUCUUCCCGACCGGGACUUCGUCGAGCCAUCUUCCCGCACUUUUGCUUUGCUCAAGCCGCGAGUGGCCAACUCUCACUUGAACAUUUGCUUACUGAACGGCAAAGCUUUGCCAGCUUUGCUGCCAACAAUUCUGCCACCUUCCUGGCGGCACAAGAGCCAAGUCGUGGUGACCAAGGCUGGGCAAGUAGAGGUGGACGGCCGCACGCAAGAAGCCGUGCGCCAGGAGUACUUGACGCAAUUCAAGGCACAGCCGUCGGCGCGGGUCAAGGCCACCCACAAGGCUGCCCCAAAGCAGAGCGUCAGCAAAAAGAAGCCAGCCACAAAGCUCACGAAGCUGCCAAACGGCAAGCGAAAUGGCACGAAGGUGCAGCAUGUUCUGGAGGAGGAUGAGUGGGAUGAGGAGGGCAGUGAGGACUUUGACGAGGAAGAUUGGGAGGAAGCAGGGGAGGUCGCAACGCCUGUCGCCAAGUCCACUGCGCAAACGGCGCAAACCUGUCCAAUUCUUGAUGCUGCAGGCUUGGACGCUUUAGUUCGUCGCUGCUCAUUGAUUUGGAAGCUGGUGGAAAGCAAUCAGGAGAAGGGCAGCUCCAUUGCAGCCUUGCAGGUGUUCCCGUGCGUGCCGGUAGAGGCAGCUGGGCCAUCCGGGCCACACCCACACCAUGUCGGCAUCAACGGGCACUUGCGCCUCAUCAGCAUGUCAGCUGCUGGCAAUAAGAACCUGGCUGCAAUCGAGGACUUUUCCGUUGAGGAGGUGAAGCUCUUGGCAUCAUUGGGCGUGCCGCUCCUGAGGCCAGGAACAAAGCUGCGCUCGGCCCUGGGCUUGGACCGGGUCUCUGUAGUCCGAGCCUUGUGCCGAGCCCUCGAGGAGGAGCUCGGUUCUUCGAGUGCUGUCACUGUGACUGGCAAUGAAAGCCGCCAUUCUCGCCUACACCAUGGACUAAAGGCGGCGAGGCUGACGACGGAAAGGGCUCUUCCACUGCAGCGACUCGUGUGCUCAGUUCUACGCAGGGCCAACAAGAAAGAGGCCGAGCGCGCAUUGACGCUGCCCAUUUUCCCCACGACCGGCGGCAGGUUUGCAGUUCCGCUGGUUCCAUCCAGUGCCUCAGUGAUAAGCCCCGACGAGGGGUGGGAUCAGCUGCUCCACCCCUUCUUUGAUGACUUCCUGGUGAGUUGGGAAGGGGCCGCAGGCGAUGUGCUUCGAGAGUUGGAGGUGAGGCGCCCUUCUUUGGCCAGCUUCCUGGCAAACUUCUGCGCCCCUCGAGCUGGAGUCUUUGACCAGGAGCUUUCAAUCCGCUUUCUGGAAAGCGUGGCAACAGUCGGGGCGGUUUUCUCCCGUUCUGGCGCAAGCCGAGAAUGUGAGAAGCUGGCUCAAGCCUGCGAGGCAGCACCAGUUGUGGUCUUCGACUCGGAGCCUGGCAAGGUACCGAAGCGGUGCCGGGCCCAAGACCUGCUCGACCCGGAUGAUGCAGAUCUAGGCCAUUUGCUGGGAACGUCGGCGACCUUCCCUCCGAAACAGUACUGCACGCCUUUGAUUCUGACAGUGCUGCGGAAAGCGGGCUUGAAAAGCUUUGCCGAUGAGGAGCUGUUCCUCAGAGCUGCGGCAAGGACCGAGGCCCUGGCACAAAAUGCAGGGGGCCAUCGGGUGGAAGCUGCGUCGACUUUGCUCGCUCAGCUGGUGAAACGAUUCCAUGGCCUGAAGUGGUCAUCGCGAACGUACGCUUCGCUCAGCCGGUUCCGCAUUUUCCCCGCUUUCCCAGCCUCCUCGCGAAGCGGGGCCUGGCCUCCGCAUGAUCCACCCUCAAGUCCAGACUGCGUGGCGCUGGAUACUCCAUGCACACUUUUCGAGCAUGCGCCGCUUGCGUGGACACAAUUGGUGCUUCUCGACCAGCAAGCCUUCCGCAGCUGGCCGAAGGCACUGCUGCAACGCUUCGGCAACCUACAGGAUCCGCCGUCCCUGGAAGUCAUUGUCGCAAACCUGGCGGAGGUUGCACGCAGGUGGUCGCAAGAGAGUGUGCCCACGGCCGGGAGCGAGUCAUCGCACGAACUUCGGGAGCGGCGACAGCAGGUCGUCACACAGCAUCUGAAAGCCUUGCAGCCGACACUCCACAAGCGCAGCCAUGCGACCCAGAUGAUGGUGCAACAUCAGCUGAGCAACGUGAACUUUUUGGUCUUGGAUGAUGGUGCGCUGGUUAGUCCGUGCAGCGUUUUCACCGCGCUCCAUGAAGGAGCCGAUGCGUCAGACGACGAGGGCCAGGACUGCCAAGCACGCAAGCGGCGAACUCAGGGCACCUGGGGCCUUCCAGGCUACAUGCGGCCCUUUCGCCGUCUGCUGUUAGGCGUGGCGGGACCUGCAGUUCACCUGAAACGGCAGCUUCCCACCAUCAACGUGCCGCCUGCACCCGCGGCCUCGGUUGUGCCAUCGUUUAUCAGGAACGCAUUGAACAAGCCCGAACUUGCCGAUGUCACCUUCGUCCUGAAGGUCGACUCGGGCACAAAGGAGAUCUACGCGCAUCGCUUGGUGUUGGCCGCCGCCUGUGAUCACUUUCGGGCCAUGUUCACUUCGAAUUGCGCCGAGGCCCAGGAGUCACGCUGCCGGCUGCACCUAGAGAGCUGGGUCUCGUCCAGGGGCCUGCUUUGGCUGUUGGCUUACCUCUACCAGGGCUUCGACGCCCGGCUGGCCCAGGAGGUGGCUUACCAGCUCGACCGGGGGCUUGAGGUCUCCGAGGUCUCCGAGGUCUCGGAAGUGCCGAAGGCUUUGCUCAGGCAGCGAGCACGCUGCUGGGAUGUUGACACCGGCGAGGACCUUUGCUGCCUCUUGCGUCUCUGCGAGUUCUACGAUGUGAACCACCUGAAAAAGUGGACCGAGAACGAGCUUGGCAAGCUGCUGACAGGGGAGAACUUGAUGGCCCUCUCUACGCACGCAUACUUCUGCAACGCGAACCAGCUGCUCAACGUUUGCAUCUACCACCUCAGGAGCCAGUACGCAGAGCUUGUGGGCGUGAAGGAGUGGGAGUCGCUGGAGCCCGCCAUCAAGGAGUUGGUGCUGACUGAUGUGACCUCGUCCGGGUGA